UGGCCAAGGGUUGGUCAGGAUAAUAAGAAAAUUCUACUGGGUAUAACAUUUUUAUUUAGGUUUAUUGCUUCAUAUUGUCCAAAUUGUAAAACAUUGUACACCUGCUCUAGUCAUCAGCAGCUGCAUAAACUUAGAUGUAUUGCAGAGGGGGUUAACUGUCUUCCAGCCCUUCAACCUAAGGAUCUACAAUACUUUAGUCUCGAGAUAGAGGAUAGUUUUAAUAAAUCUCUUAAAAUCCGACAGGAAAUCCUCGAAAACAAAAUCAAGGACGAACAGCAUCGAGAGAAACUAGAGGAGCAGGAAGAGGAACAGGGAUCGGAAGAGGAAGAAACUGAUGAUGCUACAAGGGUAGAUGAUAACUAUAAAAGUUUAAACCCCUGCCCAGAGAACGAAGAAAUCGAGAAGGAGGACAAAAAAUCCAUGCCCACUAUGCUAGUUAACUACAAGAUUAAUCUAAUUGAGAAUAAUGAGCAUUUUGAUACAUCUAGGGACCAAAAUUAUCUGAAAUCGGAAAAGGAUAUAAAUGCCCCUAACACUAUCAAUGCCUCGAAAUAUUACAAAAGAGAAAAAAUCAAGGCAACUAAAAAUUCAGAGGAAAAAGAAGCAAAUUAUUCAGACUCAGCGAUAAAUACUGAGACCUUACAGGAGACUCCAGUCCUUAUAGGAAGACUUCGAAGAAGACAAACGCCAAAUAAAGAAAAUGUGGAAAUAAAAAAGAUAACUCAAGAAGUUAUCGGCCACGUUUGUGAUUUGUGUGGCAAAAGUUAUCAACGAAAAACUGGGCUCAAACGCCAUGUUUCAACAUUUCAUAAGAAAGAGAAACCGUUCAGUUGCGAGACUUGUGAUAAAAAGUUUGGAAGAAUUGACAGUUUAGUGAAGCAUGGAUUGACUCAUACAAUGGAGAAGAAUUUGAUUUGUGAAAUAUGUUCGAAGGCUUUUAAUCAAUCAUCCAAUCUGAUCAAACACAGGAAUGCGAUGCAUCUUGACACCAAUAGGGAGUCUUACAGGUUUACAUGUACUGUAUGUACAGGGAAGUACUACAGUAAGAGGGAGCUGGCAAAGCAUAUUCGAAUAUCUCAUGAGAAGAUCAAGGAUCAUAGGUGUGUGCUGUGUGAAGGUAAGUUUGGAGGACGAGCUCUAGUCCGCAGACAUGUCAAGAAGGUUCAUCAUGUUCUUAAUCCUGUUGCUCAGAUUCAUUUCCAGAAACUAUUCGAUAUUCUAGACUAAACUAGGAGCUAACAAUAUAAACUGUAGUAAACCAGAAUUAACUGGUGGAUGGAAACCGACCUGUGCAGUGCAGACAGUUAACUCGAGAGUGAAGCAAACCAAACUGACCAAAUUCUAGUAACUCUUACAAACACUAAAAAUCAGACUAAACCCACUUAAGCGAGCAUAAAUGGCAUAAAACUGACAAAAUCAGUGUAAAUUUUAUUAAACCAGAUUAAAUCUAAAAAAAGAAGUUUGAAAAAUCUAGAUUUCGGGUGCAAUAGAAACGCGUCACCACGGAAACGGACCAACACGGAAGCGGACCAAAAAAACGGAAAUCUCCCCAUAAUAGAAUCUUUUGAGGAGUUUUUUUAAAAAAAAAGAUAAUCGGAAAUCCCUUUAAACUUAUUUUUUGAGGGAUUUCCCACUUUUUUCGAUCGGUUUCCCCGAUUUUUAGGUCGUAUUCCGGUUUUAAAGGGUCAAAUAUUUUUGAGUGAUUUCCCAAUAUUUCCGUUUCCGCAUAUUUUUGGUCCGUUUCCAGGUUUUAAAAAAGUAAAAUAUUUUCAAUUUGUUGACCUUCUUGUUCCUUAAUAUUUCCAUCCGUUUCCGCAUAUUUUUG